CACAUUCCCAUCUUCUCCAAACACUCGGAUUUUGUCAUUGCCCCCAGCAGAAUCCGUCUAGCUCUAGCUCCGUCGCUGCUUCUGCCAAUGCGAAAGCUUCGUCCAUUGGCAGAGAUGUAAGAAAUAUUUUAUGUGGGCCUAUCAAAACUCCGGUCGAAUAGAGCCCACAUACACACGACAAACGGAAGGAUUGCAGCCCAUUCACACUGCCACCACCACAGACACGCUGCCUGUUGCAACCCAUCGGAGAUGCCUCUGCCCUGCUCCGUCCGCCGCCGCCGCCGUCGUCGCCGCCAUGCUCCGCCUCCGAAGCUCCGUCCCCACCCUUCUCCUCCUCUCCUCGUCCUCCGCCGCUCCCAGCUCCUCUCUCUGCCGUCUCCUCUCCGCCGCCGCAGACCCCAUUUUCCCGAACCCUAGCAGCUUCGUCGUGGAGGACUACCUCGUCGGCACCUGCGGCCUCACCCGGCCCCAAGCCCUCAAGGCCUCCAAGAAGCUCUCCCACCUCAAGUCCCCCGCCAACCCCGACGCCGUCCUCGCCUUCCUCUCCGGCCUCGGCCUCUCCGGCGCCGACGCCGCCGCCGUCGUCGCCAAAGACCCGCUCUUCCUCUGCGCCAAAGUGGACAAAACCCUGGUCCCCGUCGUCGCCGGGCUCGCCGGCCUCGGUCUCUCGCCUCCUGAGAUCGCCCGCCUCGUCUCGGUUGCCCACUACUGCUUCCGAACCAGGCCCAUCGUCUCCAAGAUGCGCUACUACCUGCCCCUCUUCGGCUCCUUCGACAACUUCCUCCGGGCGCUCCAGCGCUCGUCCUGCCUACUCUCGUCGGACCUCGGCAAGGUGAUCAAGCCCAAUGUCGUGUUCCUGCGGGAGUGCGGCCUAAGUGACUGCGAUAUUGUCAAGCCGAGUGUCCCUGUGUCGAGGAUGCUGACCACCAACCCGGAGCGCGUCCGUGCGAUGGUGGCAUGUGCUGAAAGAUUAGGCGUGCCGCGUGGCUCUGGGAUGUUCAGGCAAGCGCUGCAGGCUGUCGCGUUUCUCAAUGAGGACAAGAUCGCCGCCAAAGUGGACUACUUGAAGAACACCUUCAGGUGGUCUGCUGCUGAGGUGGUCAUUGCUUUGUCUAAGGCUCCGAUACUGCUCAGGAUUUCUAAGGACAUGCUACAGCGCAAGUCCAAGUUCCUGCUAUCUGAGGUGGGGUUGGAGCCCAUGUACAUUGCUCAUCGACCGAUAAUUACUUGUCUUAGCCUGGAGGGCCGGGUCAGGCCCCGGUACUAUGUUCUCAAGUUCCUCAAGGAAAAUGGAUUGGUAGAUCGCGAGCUGAGCUUCUAUACUGCAGUCAGUACGCCUGAGAAGUAUUUCGUGGACAAGUACAUAUGCCCUCACAAGAAAGCUGCACCACACCUCGCUGAGGACUAUGCAACCGCUUGCAAAGGGGAGAUACCAACUAAUUUCUUGUUUAGAUGAACCAGGAAAGUUUUCACUCUGCAUAGUAAGCUGGUAACUCCUGCCUCGUUGUUCUAUGCCUAACUGGACGCGGGCUAUCUCUUGUAGUGUGUUUUUUACAUGCCAGUUUGCUCAUUGCUGACAAUUUGAUUCCUGAACCCUGAUAUGCUGUUUGUUGUCAUUCCUUAGAGAAGAUAUCAGUGUAGUCUGCUUUCAUGGCAACGUUUAUCUAGCAUGUUCCCUCUUGACUUCAUUGUAUUUUCAGUUACAUCAUAUUUCAGUUAGUACUAAGUUUGCAGUUCAAUGUUCAGUAUUUGGAUUAUUCUUACAAAUAUUGUGACAGUUAGUACUAAAGUUUGCUUAGAUAUAUAUUUCGAAUGGAUGUCUGUUCUUUUUUAACCUUUUGUUUUCUUCCUCCUUACUUGUUCCUAAAUACCAUAGUUGACCUUUUUUCAGUUUGGAAUUUUUCAAAUUUCUACAUAUGAAUCAGUCUUAUCAUUUGCAUCCGCCAUUAAUUGUCAGAAUAAACCAAUGGAGGUGCCAUGUAUAACAAGCAAAUCCAAUGAAGGUUGAACUAACAUUUGUUCUUGUUAACAUAUGAAGAAGAAAAUGAUAUGAGAUUUUCCCACUACAACCUACAGCUUGCACUGAGGGCAAAAGUUUUUUCUUCAUAUCUGUCUACAAUUGAGUGAAAUCGUAGAUUUAAUAAUAUAUUUUGCAACAAAAUUCAUCACAGUUUGCUGCCUUGAGCCGACACUGAGACCUUCAACCUGUUGUCCAUCCUAACAUAAAAAGUUGCAAAUUGUUUUGUUUAGCAAGGAUUAAGAUUUAAGAGUUGCUCGACUAGUACUUGUCUUGCAACCAAACUAGUGUCACAGCAUGUCCACGAGUCGGUGACCUGGGCACUUGUAAUCCUUGGUGUUUAGUGAUGUAUAUAUCUGUUCUGAUUGUGUUUAAUGAGCAGCAGGGAUAACUAACCGUGCUGCUGUUACCAUGGCAUUAUAUGCAAACAUUUUUCCUGUUGAAACAUGAUCACAAUCAUAUCGAUCUGAAAAAGAAGAGAAAAAUGAGAAAUAGUAUAUAUUCAGUAAAAGCGAAAUAUUAAUUCAUGAAUUAGUAAAGGUUAUACCUCGGUGAUGAAGUGUACAUCAGUGUGGUGACUCCAACUCGCUUGUCAGCCAUUGAAUGUAGUGCGCCUCUGUUCUGUUGCUUCUGCAGAGCGUCAGCAGAUCUGGGCUGCUGUUGCUAUUUUUUGUUCUGCUCAGUGACUUGAACUGAGGUGAGUUAAAACACUAGGACGGAUGUACAUGCUUGUGUUGAUCAGUGCUUUAUAUUUAUGUGGGGACAAAUGCAUUGGAUAUUUUGUUCAAAUAGGAGGGAUAUAUCUAAGCAUAUUGCCACUAGGAAAAAGUCACUCUACUCUUCAGAUUCAUAACUUCCGUAAACAGAACAAAAUUGGAGGUUAAGAUAGCUUGAUUUUUUUCACUGGGAUUAGACUUAUGUGUUUACUCCGAAAUUCCAGCUAAUAUCUCUGAAAUAAAAGAAAAACGACCCUAAUUAGUCUGAUGUAAAUUUUCUGCUGGACAUAUGCACAGAACUUAUUCACCAUACUAUUUCUGAGGAGUAUCUCCAUACUAUUUAACCGUCACAACCACAAAUGCCAAUCUUUCAAGACUCCUCACAGGAAGAAAAAUUGGUAUAGCAAAUCAGGAAUAUUUAUGCAUGGAAGGUCACUGCAUGCAGAUAGAGAGCAUUCCUUACUCUAUUUACACAUAUAUUAUAUUCCUUCUGCAUGGUUGGCAUAUAUGGUUUAUGGGGUCAGUUCUGUCUGGUCGAGCAUGUUACUGUAUCAGGGGAAGACUGAAUUCUGAGAUCAAUUGACAUGUUAAUCUGGAACAAAAGAAAAUGGCACAAAGCUUCUCAACAUGGAUAUGCUCGAGAGCUAGGUAGUUAUAUAAAAUAUUCUUAUCUAUAUUUACUGAAGUUUAUGUAUGUAUGCAUGUAUGUCAAAUUUAUCCAUUAAUGAAGUUUAUCUACAUUCAAUGAAUUUUUUUCUCAAAAAAAAAAUCCAUUAAUUUACAUCCUUGGUCCUUGUGGUGCUGCCACUGAAGUAGACCAUAUGCAUUUUACUGAAGUGGGAGUAAUGCCAGUUCUCCACUCAGCGUAAUGUCCCUCUGAUAUAUAUGAAUCUACUUUUCAUUGAUGCAACUGAUGUACCACACAAGGACAAACACUUUAGUUGUGUACUAGAGGAAAAACAUGAUUCUUCCAUCCUGUGACUGAGUGGUUGUAUUCAGAGAACUGCAAAUAUUUUCUUAUGAUUGCCUUGAAUAUUAAUAGUAUACUUCAAUUCCACGCGCCUAAAAAAAUUAAGUUGACCAAACUGGUUCUUUUGUAAGUUUGUAACCCAGGUAACUAAUUCUGGAACAGAGGAAGUUAGUACUUCAGUAUGAGAUAGUUACCACAUUUAAUGGAAGAUGAAAGAAAAAAUAGAUAAUAGCUCAGUUUUUUUUUUUUUGCUCUACUAAUAUGCAAUGAUAUUAUGUAAGGUCUCGCCAGAUCAAUACUCUUUGCCGUCUGAUCAAGAUUCAACUGGUGGAGCUGUCGAAUCCAUGCCUCUGCACACACCUGCUGGACAAUUUUCCAGGUCUAAACAGAGUCUCAGUGUGCCAUCAUGUUUCUUGUGCCCUGCACCUCCAAGGCUCCAACUAGUAUUUUCAUUACCGACUUCAUGUUAUCAAAUAGUGCCAACAAUAGCCAGGGAUCAACUUGUCUGUAAGGCCCUGUUUCACACUCUAGACUUACAAGAACACUUUACUGGUAUUCUUAUAUUUAUGGCCUCUAUCACACAGAGAUCUGCCUUUACACUGUAUUAUCUGUUAUUCUAGAUGCUACUGUCUUCUCUUUCUUGCUGUGAGGUGACCCCAUUGCUAUUGGCGAUCAUAUCUCAAUGACUCCAUCUGGUGACUGGUGCCCAAGUUGAUGACAAACUCAUCCUAUUCUGGGGGACAAGGAGCCACCUUUGUCACCCUGGGAUUGCGAGAGCACGCUGAGGAGGUUGGGUUCGCAGUGUGGGAAGAAGCCAAGCAUGAUGGCGAUGGGUAGUAGUUCAUGAUCCAUCUGGGUCACCCCCUAGGUGGUGAGCCAGAGCAGGUGUCUGACAAAACAAAGUGUGUGCCUGUACCGGUAAAAAGCCAAACUCCUUGCCAGCCUGGAUGACAUGGCUGAAUGGUCUCAUCUAAUUAUAUUUUUCUAAAUCAUGGCUGAACGAAUUAUGUGUUGUCAGUUCCAUUAUUUUAAGAGUAAUUUGGGAAGUAUCAGUGUUCAGUGAUGGGCCAUCUUCAGAUACUGGUCAUUGCUUGAUUUCAUUGGUGAACUUCUGCACUUGCUUCUCUUUUCCUCAUCACUUGGUGUCAUUAGUUAAUUUCAUGCCUUGCAGUUAGCUUUUCAUAGCUGCAGAAUUACAGAAAGUUCCAUCCAAUAGUUUGCAAACUACUGGCAACAAUAUCAUGUGGUAAAUUUAUAUUGUCAUGGUUAUAUUUUCCUCUGUUUUUAUGUUGUUAUGUUUCUACUUGCCAUCUUUGUUUACGGAUUCUUUGUAAGUGCUCCUUUGUAUUGAUGGUCUUAUGCUUUGUAUUUAUCAGAUUAGCACACACAAAAAACACAAAUGAUCUUAGAAACCAAACACAAUUGGUUUGAAUGAUAUUUUGUUAUAUUUUGAGGAACUGCCAUACUAUAAAUUUUACAGAUUAAGAACAAUAAAGUUGUAUUCAGAAAAAGUUUUCUGUUGUACUCUAAUCAUAUAUUUAUUUUGAACUUCCAAUGAUCUCUACCUAGCAUUUCGGAACCUUGGGUACAAACCAUUAAUAACCUUCUAUCUAUGAAUAUUAUUUGAGGAGCAAAAUCAGCAUGAAAGAAAACAUAAAUGAUUAUAUAAACCAAACACAGCUGGCUUUGUUUUUGAGAAACGGCCAAAUUAUAAAAUUAAAAGAUGGAGAGAAAAACAAUUAUUAUUCGUAAAAAAAACUCUAUUUUAUUCGCAGCAUAUCUGGGCUUAAAAUUUGUACAAAUGAAGCACCUUGAGGAUUUCUGCACGUCUUUUGGGGGUGAAUGUUGUUGACUUGAUGGCUAAAUCUGUUGCAUUGCAGGAUGAGAAUCCAAAACCGCACAUGGAGGAGAUGCGAACCACAACUGGACUGAAUAAACGAGGUCGGGAUGGAACUUUUGUCGGCGCAAGGUCGUUUUCUGCAUCAUCAUCAGGGAUACUAUGUAUCAAGUCAGAAAUGGAAGACCAAGGAUUUUGGUAUAUGCCGCCAAGGAAGUGUCCGAGAUCGGAUGGCUAUCUUCACUACAGAAAGAAAACAAUAACUGGUAGUCUUGUUUGUGUUGGGCACGCUGAUUAUUACAUGUUGCUACGCUCAUUUGCCAAGCUUGCGGAAGUUGAUAUUAGGGUUAUUCAUGCCAGUGUGCUAAAAUUUGAGAGGAGACUUGCGUGGAUAGAAGAAAGAAUAGGCAGAAGCUUGGAUGCCUUGCAGAAUCUACCUAGCUAAGCAAAUGAUGCUCAGAGACAUGUUUCAGGCUGCAGUUUUUGAUGGAUUGCCAAUUUGCCAAGUCAGUGAACUGGUGAUGGGUUAUCGUUCUAUUGUCGAGAAAAGAGAUUAUGUUUGUAGUUGGGGUCUCAUUAUCCUGAACCAAAAGGGUCCAAAACAGCGGACUCUCUUGCAAGAUCUUGUUGACAAACUGACCAGGAACACCAAACUGUAUCUGUACUUGUACCAAUAAUUCCCACGAAGAUGCUCGUAGACCCAAAAAGUUCAUCGAAAUGUUUUGUAUCUGUAGUUGUGACAACGAUUCCAACGGAGAUGCCCGUUGUUAUGACCGGCAUAUUACAG